AUGCUCUUGUCUGCUUUUUCUCUGCUGAUUGCGGCCAAGGCCGCAAUUGCGGUAUCUAUUCAACCGCGCGACACAUCCUCCUGCAAGUGUCUCCCCCAGGAUGACUGUUGGCCCUCAGCCGAGGAAUGGUCCAAGUUCAACUCUACCGUCGGAGGACGCCUGGUGGCCACUGUACCGCUUGGGUCGCCCUGUCACGGCGACACGUAUGAUGAGGCACUCUGCACAGAGCUCCAGGACGAGUGGCUUUACUCAAGUGUGCACGCACCGUUUCACAGCGUGAACUCUUCCUCGUCUGUCAUGGCACCUCUCUUUGCCAAUGCGAGCUGCGAUCCGUUCACUUCCCGUAGCACACCCUGUACUCUGGGCAAUUACGUCGUCUACUCAGUCGCCGUGUCCUCUUCCGAUGAUAUCCGCAAGACAAUAAGAUUCGCUGAUUCGCAUAACAUCCGCCUCGUCAUUCGCAAUACCGGGCAUGACUACACUGGCCGCUCGACCGGAGCCGGUGCUCUCGCCAUUUGGACCCACCACCUCAAGGGCACGGAGGUCCUGGAUUGGGACGAUGCCUUUUACAAGGGAAAGGCUCUCAAGGUCGGUGCUGGUGUUCAAGGCUAUGAGGCUCUUGAUGCUGCUCAUGAUGCCGGUCUCGUUGUCGUAACUGGCGAGUGCCCUAGCGUCGGCCUCGCCGGCGGCUACACCCAGGGUGGAGGUCACUCUGCCCUCUGCACCGAGUUUGGCCUCUCAGCCGACAACACCCUCUCGUUCGAGGUCGUCACGCCUAGCGGCGCCUUUGUUACGGCAUCUCGCAGAGAGAACACUGACCUAUACUGGGCCUUGAGUGGUGGUGGCCCGGGUACCUACGGUGUCGUCGUGUCCAUGACGGUCCAGGCCCACCCUGACGCCAAGGUCGGAGGCUCCAAGUUCCUCAUAUCUGCCCCCUCGGACAACCCCGAGAAGAUCUACGACGUCAUCGAUGCCUUCCACGCUGCGCUCCCUGAUAUUGUCGACUCUGGCGUCAUGAUCAUCUACUUCUUCGGCACUGGCUUCUUCCAGGUUCCUGCCAUGACAGCCUACGGAAAGUCGGCCGCACAGGUCAAGGAGAUUCUCCAGCCUUUUUCCGACGCCGUCACAGCUCUCGGACUCCCAUUUGAGCCCACCGUGACGGAGUUCUCCAGCUAUCAUGAGCACUACGACAACUACUGGGGUCCCUCGCCGGCUGGAAAUAUCCAGGUCGGCACUCAGCUUUUCGGAGGUCGUCUCAUACCGCGUGCGCUACUGUCUGAAUUCGGCCCUACCGCUCGCAAGAUGGUCGAGAUGAACGUCACCUUCAUCGGCGUCGGGAUGGACGUGUCUAAGUUCGGCAAGAACGGCUCCAAUGCGGUCCUGCCUCAGUGGAGAGACUCUAUUGUUCAGUCAUCCCUGACUCUUCCCUACAGCUUUGACGUCCCUUUUGAGGAAAUGGUUGCCGAGCAGAACCGCAUUACUCAAGAAAUCCAGCCCGUCAUCGAGGCCGCCACCCCUGGUGCCGGUGCCUACAUGAACGAGGCUGAUUUCCAGCAGGAGAACUUCCAGGAAACCUUCUACGGCUCCAACUAUGCCAAGCUGCUGAAGAUCAAGAACAAAUAUGACCCCUGUUCUCUCUUCUACGUCCAGACCGGUGUUGGGAGUGAGGUCUGGGAUGUUGCUAACGAUGGCCGCAUGUGCCGUGCAAGCACUCCCGCGGCUCAUUGA